CAUUUCGAUAACGUAUACGAACCCAACAACACGACAAAUCACAACAGAUAUCGAUUAAAAAUGACUAGCAAUAAGCUACAAGUUUUGUGUUUGUUUGUAUUAACUAUUUGCAUUGCGAUAAUAAACAAUACAAAAUGCGAUUCAGCAGAAGAUUGCCGUGAUGAGAUUCGUACGACCACAUGCCGUAAUCAGAUUUGUAAGACCAACCAUAUGAUUUCGAUUUUAAAUAAUGAUCAAAAAUACAUACUGGUUGAACAUCUCAUGCAUGAACUCAAACGUUAUGAUAAAAUAUCGACACUGCUUUACCCGCCAGUUGCCGAGUUGUUGUCAAGCAGAGGCAGGGCUAGAGCUUUUAGUUUAAGAUACAACAUCGAACGGGGAAUUCAACAUGCAAUGAGUGAUAUCAUAGUUGCCGAGUUGUUGUCAAACAGAGGCAGAGCGAGAGCUUUAGAUUCAAUAAUUACCAACGAACGGAUUCUACAAGAUGCAUUAAUAUUUAUCAUAGGGUCAGAGACAACAAUUGAUUUAGAUAACACAGAUUCCUAUGAUUCGGCAGUGGAGAACAGAAAUAAUAUUUUAAAGAAAUUAUUUCAAGAUGUUCUCAAAAAUAUUAUGAAAAACGUCCAAAUGUGCACGGGUAAAGAAAGAACAAAAUGUUUAUUGGUCGGGUUAAUCAAGCGUGCAGAUAAUCCUCAGUUUGUAUACACACAAGGGUGUAAUGAUCACCUUGUAUGCGUUAUAACUAAGGUAAGAGAGAUUACGGUAGGCGGUGUUUCACGAAUCGCCACGCAAGAAGUGGAAUAUCAUCAAGACCGGAGACUUGACACCAGCCAGGGUCAAUUAGAAUACACGACCGUAAGUGUAGCAGGCCCCACAGGCGAGUAGUAAAUUUAAUUGCAUAUUCAUGUUGCUUGUAUUUUAGUUAAGACCACUGUACUAACUAUUAAAU